ACCAGACACUUAGAAAUCCCUUGCUUUCAUCCAACACAAUCUUCAAGCUCUCCCUCUCUCUUCUCUUUCUCCCGAUCUUUCUCUCUUUCACCAUGGACAACAUUGGUGAUGAGUACCAGCAUUACUGGGAAACCAACAUGUUCCUCCAAACCGAAGAGCUCGACAGUUGGAAAUUGGGGGAGGAGGCGUUUUCUGGGUACUACGAUUCGAGCUCGCCGGACGGAGCAGCGUCGUCCAUGGCUUCCAAGAACAUUGUUUCAGAGAGGAACAGAAGGAAGAAGCUCAAUGAGAGGCUCUUUGCUCUUAGAGCAGUGGUCCCCAACAUUAGCAAGAUGGAUAAGGCUUCUAUAAUCAAAGACGCCAUUGACUACAUCCAAGAGCUUCAUGAUCAAGAAAGAAGAAUUCAAGCGGAGAUCAUGGAUUUGGAAUCUGGAAAAUCAAAGAAAAGUGUCAUGGGAAGUUCCGAUUUCGAACAAGAGCUUCCGGUCUUGUUGAGAUCGAAGAAGAAGAAACUCGAGCUGUAUGAUUCUGGAGGAUCAAGAAGUUCCUCCAUUGAAAUCCUUGAACUUAGGGUUACAUACAUGGGGGAGAAGACAGUGGUGGUGAGCUUGACAUGUAGUAAGAGAACAGACACAAUGGUGAAACUGUGCGAGGUCUUUGAAUCUCUCAAGCUCAAAAUCAUUACUGCCAAUAUCACCGCCUUUGCUGGGAGGGUACUCAAAACAGUCUUCAUUGAGGCAGAUGAAGAAGAAAAGGAUCAUUUGAAGGUAAAAAUUCAAACAGCUAUUGCAGCUCUGAACGACCCCCAAAGCCCCAUGAGCAUAUAAUAAUGAGAGAACCGAAUCAGCAAGUCGAUUUCAUUUGAUGGGGUUUUCCUUGUUGCAUGUUUUCUUGAAGAGCCUGUGCUUUGAUUUUUGUUAUGAGUAAAUCAACUUGCUUUUUCUUCAUGGCUAGUGUUUUUUUGGUCGUUUUCAUGGCUGGUGUAAAAAAAAGGUUUGAGAACUCUAAUUUUUUAGAAAACAUGGAUGUGGAAUGUC